AUGUCCGCUCCCAUGAGUGGCCCGUCGCCGCCGACUUACUCACAUGAUGAGAAGACCUCUGGGGGUGAUGUUGAAAAGAGUGGUGCCGAUGUCUCCACGGGUGAUGUCUAUCAUCCCGACGAAGUCAUUAACAAGGCCAAUCCGUUGCAGCGCAAUCUUCAUGGCCGCCACAUGCAGAUGAUUGCCAUCGGUGGUUCGAUCGGCGCAGGUCUCUUCGUCAGCUCUGGUGGCGCCCUCAGCACCGGUGGUCCAGCUUCUCUCACGCUUGGGUUCAUUAUCAUCGGAUUCAUGUUGCUGUUCACCGUUCAGGCACUUGGAGAACUUGCUGUCGUGUAUCCCGUAAACGGCGCGUUUUACAACUACAUGGUUCGCUUUAUCGACCCAGCUUGGGGCUUUGCUGUUGGCUGGGACUACGCCAUUGGCUGGCUUACCGUUUUGCCUUUUGAACUUACCGCCGCCGGUAUCACGAUUAGGUUUUGGCGACCAGACCUCAACAUAGGGAUCUGGAUAGCUGUAUUUUUCGUAGCUUUGUGCAUUAUUCAAGUAUUUGGUGUCCGCGGGUACGGCGAAGUCGAGUACAUACUCGGAAUCAUCAAGAUCCUCGCCUGCGCCGGGUUUAUCCUCUUCGGAAUCAUCGAUGCAUGCGGUGGAGUCCCUACCGAUAGUCGUGGCUACAUUGGUGCGCGGUACUGGCAUGACCCGGGUGCGUUCCGGAACGGCUUUAAGGGCUUCUGCUCCGUCUUCGUGACCGCCGCCUUUGCCUUUGGCGGUACUGAACUUUCUGGUUUGGCCGCCGCGGAGGCUGCAAACCCGACAAGAUCGCUGCCGCGUGCGACCAAGCAGGUCUUUUGGCGUGUCUUCUUUUUCUACAUCGUGAACACCUUCAUUGUUGGUUUGCUCGUGCCUUCUGAUAAUCCAAACCUGCUCAACGCGUCGGGCGCAAACACCAAGUAUUCACCAUUCGUCAUCGCGAUCCGGCUCGCCGGUGUCAAGGGCUUGCCCUCGGUUUUCAAUGCAGUCAUCACGAUUUCCGUUCUCUCCGUUGCGAACUCUUGCACGUUCGGAUCCACCCGCACGUUCCAGGCUCUUGCUCAACAAGGGAUGGCACCUAAAAUUCUUGCAUAUGUGGACAAAAAAGGCCGACCGCUCGCGACUGUCGUCUUGCAACUUGUGUUUGCCCUCCUUGCCUUUAUCAACGAGGCUCCAGGUGUUGGUAAUCAGUUCUUCAACUGGCUGCUUGCACUCUCUGGCGUUCAAAACUUCUUUACAUGGGGCUCCAUCUGUUUGGCACACAUCCGGUUCCGAAAGGCUUGGCUUGCACAGGGGCACACCGUAGACGAGCUUCCAUUCUCUGCCCUCGCCGGUGUAUACGGCUCCUACUUUGGCCUAUUCCUGAAUGUUGUCUGCCUGAUCGCGCAGUUUUACAUCGCCGUGUUCCCGAUCGGCGAAGGCGAACUGUCUGCCCAGGAUCGUGCCAAAGGCUUCUUCAGCACCUUCCUCGCUGCACCGCUCAUUCUCAGCUUAUCCGGCUUUUGGAAGGUGUACAGUGCUAUGAGUAAAGAUCCCAGGAUCAACCACCGCGGCUGGAAGCUUUACAUCAGGACAAAUGAGAUUGAUGUCAAUCAUGGAAUCCGUGAAGGAGUUCUGAGGACGCCGGAGGAGGUCAUGGCAAUCAAGCAAAGCCGAUCUUCGCGUACAACUGCUCAAAAGAUCCUUGCAGUCCCUCUCGGCUUAUGGGAGAAUUUGCUGAAGCCAUGAGAUAUUCCUUCUGUGAGAUAAGAAUGCAGAAAGCGCCUCUGAUACAGAUCUGAAUGGUGCUUGACGGUUUCAUUUUGUGCACUCCCUAGCCUUGUUUUAUGUAAAGAACGUACAUGGCCCUGUUCCGCUCGUUGUUCAAGACACACCCUGCGUCACUGAACAAUGAUCUGCGAGACCCUGUAUCUUUGCAUCAUCUACACUUUGCUCUCGUACUUUACUUGGCCUAAUACAGAUCUAAGUUUCAAUUCA